AUGUCAACCAAUAUAUUGUACAAAUUGAUUAUAUCCCAUUCUAUAAUUCUUAUUAAAAUCAUCGUAAAUUAAAUUUUGAAAGAAGACAUCCUCCCAAUAACUCUUGCAUCCUUACUUCACUAUAUACAAUGGUGCAAAUUUGGUGUACUUAUUGCUAAACACAAUAACAUUGAAUAUAUACUUUCUCAAUUCUGCAAUUAGAUAAUGUAGUUUAUCAUUAAUAGGGUUUUUGGAGUUGGAAUACAAAUUAUCCUCUAUUAAAUUGAUACUAUGAUACUAUUUCCCAAAAAUGUCAGCCAUCUGAUUUUCAUCAUGUAAUCUACUAUAAAGGAAUCAUUACUUGCAUAUAAACAGUAUCAAACAAUGACCACAAUCCAUAAGCAAUAAUCCUCCAUUCGAAACCUCUUCCAAGACCAAAGAAAUGGGUUAUGGAUAUAUGAAAUACCCGCUGUCAUCAUAAAUGCAAUCCUGUUCUUGCAAAUUGGAAAUAUUGUAUAAUUGUGGUACUAAGUAAGUAACCAAUUCAUCCACAUUUAAAUACUGGAAAAUAGAUCUGAAGUAAUUCAUAUAAUCUGUUAGAACUGAUUGUUGAUCAUAGGCAUAGUUAAGUAUAGAAGACUUCAUUAUUCCUAACAUAUAAGAAUUUAAUGACUCAAGGGGUUCUUUGAAAAUCUUACAAUUAUUAGAUAUUGAUCUUGUUGCAGUAAUUAAGAAUUCUUUGGUUUGAUUGCAGUCUUUGAGAUCUCUGGCAAUAUUUAGUUGAGAUAGAGCAAUCUUAUACAAUG